UGUGAGAUAAGGAAUGUUGAAGUAUAAGAAGAUGAAAUUCAAAUACUUUUGUUAUUGGUCGAGGUUUCGUCGUUACCCGAUUUGUGUUUCAGUUAUACGAAUCUGGGGUCAUGACGAAGUAUUAUCAGCAGUUAAAAACAACUACUAAUAAUAAUGCCACUCCGAUUUUGAUUCUUGCACAAUAACCAGAUGAUGUAUUUAAGUGUGCUCGGAAAAAGUUUUAGGUAUUUAAAACUAGUUGAGUUCAAUGUGCAUCGAAAUUAUCAUAGUGAAAAUGUGUUCGGAUUCAAGCGAAAGAAUAAAACUGUUUACAAGGUUCCGAAAGAGGUGAUUGAAACUAGAUAUAAGGAGAGCAAUUUCUACAGGCUAGCGUUAGCCUACAGACAACAUGGACACAAGUGUUCUAAUAUCAAUCCGGUGUCUUUAGCUAAAAUCAACAGCGUUGUUCCUGAAUUAGAAAUCGAAAGGUACGGGUUUUCUAACAACGACAAUAUUCGAUUUGGAGGUAUAAUCAAUUCUCAUAAAGAUGAAGGUAGUAUUGAAGAAGCAGUUGAGUUUUUGAAGAAUGUCUACUGUAAAAAUAUUGCUGCUGAAUAUAUGUAUGUGGAGGAUGCUGAAGAAAUCGAGUGGCUCAGUAAAGAGUUGGAAAAACUACCCUCUUAUGAAACUCCGAAUGAUAAAAAAUUUGCGAUAGGAAGCGAACUACUGAAAUCGCAAAGUUUCGACAACUUUCUAGCGAAAAAGUUCACCAGUCUCAAACGGUAUGGAGGCGAAGGUGCUGAGAGUAUGCUCGUGUUUUUCAGUGAAAUAUUCCAACUCGCGGCUGAAGAUGAUAUCCAACAAAUAGUAUUAGCAAUGCCGCAUAGGGGACGACUGAAUCUCCUAACAGGUAUUUUGAACUUUCCACCAGUAGAAAUGUUCACAAAACUGAAGGGUUACCCCGAUUUUCCAGACAAAUAUCAGUCAACUGGAGAUGUGCUAAGCCACUGCAUUUCUUCAACCGAAUUGGUUUAUGGAGAAAAACUUGUUCACGUAACUGUUCCUUUUAAUCCAUCACACUUGGAAGCUAUUAACCCUGUUUCUAUGGGUAAGACUCGAGCAAAACAAAUGAUGUUGAAAGAUGGUGAUUACGGGAGUGAUAACCGUUGGUCAGAUAAAAUACUUAAUAUACAGGUUCAUGGUGACGCUGCCAUAAUAGGACAAGGCAUCAACCAAGAAUGUUUAAGUUUAAGCGGAAUACCGCAUUUUGAAAUCGGAGGGUCGGUUCAUCUCGUUGUUAAUAACCAGGUGGGGUUCACAACCCCAGCAGAAAGGGGAAGAUCUUCAAGAUACGCCACCGAUUUGGCGAAAGUAAUAUCGGCACCUGUGAUUCACGUAAACGGAGAUUAUCCAGAAGAUGUUCUUAAAGUUGCCAAGUUAGCCUUCGCUUACCAACGGAAGUUCCGAAAAGAAAUAUUCAUAGAUUUGAACUGUUACCGAAGAUGGGGGCACAACGAAUUGGAUGAUCCCACUUUCACCAACCCUUCUCUAUACAGUAUUAUACGAUCAAAGCGAACGGUACCGGAUUUGUACGUAGAAAAACUUCUUCGAGAAGGUGUGUUCAAGGAGGGUGAUGCAGAGAAAAUUGUCAGUCACCAUCAAAGUUGGUUGAGUGAGCACUUGAAAGCAGCAGAUCAUCAUACUCCACAGGAUAUUUUCUUCAAAAGACAGUGGGAAGGAUAUUCUCAGCCAACAGACACUAUCAACACUUGGGACACUGGCCUAAAUUUGGACCUCAUGACAUUCCUUGGGAUAAAAUCUGUGAAAUACCCUCCAAAUUUCGAAAUUCACCCUACAUUAUUGAGAGCUCACGUCAAAAAUCGCAUCAGCAAAAUCUCAGAAGGAAUUGGCAUCGACUGGUCAACAGCAGAAGGUUUGGCCAUUGGAUCCCUUUUGUUUGAAGGUUACAACGUAAGAAUUAGUGGCCAAGAUGUUGGAAGGGGUACGUUCUCUCAAAGGCACGUAAUGUUAGUCGACCAAAAAACCAACAACACUUACAUCCCUUUGAACAAUUUGCACCCACAUCAAACCGGCUUCCUGGAGGUGGCAAAUAGUAUUCUGUCGGAAGAGGCCGUGCUGGGAUUCGAAUAUGGGGUGAGCAUAGAAGAUCCCAGGAAUUUGGUCAUUUGGGAAGCCCAGUUUGGCGAUUUCUUCAACGGGGCACAGAUCAUAUUCGAUACGUUCAUCAGCUCUGGUGAAGCUAAAUGGAUCUGGCAGAGUGGCAUUACCAUACUUCUGCCACAUGGGUAUGAUGGAGCUGGUCCAGAACACAGUUCCUCUAGGAUAGAAAGAUUUUUGCAGAUGACGAACUCGAAAGAGGAUGAACCUGAUGGAGACAAUAUUAACAUGCAAAUUUGCCAACCUAGCACACCAGCUCAGUAUUUUCAUUUAUUGAGACGCCAGAUGAUUCGCAAUUACAGGAAACCAUUGAUUGUGAUAACACCAAAGACGUUAUUACGGCAUUCCUCCUGUACAUCAGACUUCUCAGACAUGGUCCCUGGGACAUACUUCAAACCUGUUAUAGGUGAUACAUUGGUUGUUCCAUCCAGGGUGAAAAAAGUACUGUUAACUUCCGGAAAACACUACUACUCCCUCACAGAAAAGAGAGAAUCCAUGGGAGUCAAAGAUACAGCCAUCAUCAGAGUGGAAUCAUUUUGUCCAUUUCCAACAUUGGAAUUGAGGCACGAAAUAUCGAAAUUUCCAAAUGCAAAAGUUUUAGUAUGGUGCCAAGAGGAACCACAAAAUAUGGGCUCUUGGAGCUUCAUGCGACCACGAUUUGAAAAUCUUGUAGGAAAAAAGUUGAUUUAUUGCGGAAGAGGACCAUCAGCAGCUCCAGCGGUUGGAGUGAAAAUGUAUCACGAAAAACAAGUCUCAGAUAUUAUUAACAAACCGUUUUUAUUAGAGAAUGAACGAUAAAUAUAUAUAAAGGAUCAUAUUAACGAAAUAUACAGGAGAUUGGAUUAACGAAGUCUCUCAAUAGAAAACUCAAAAAUGAAAGCUCUGCUUUGCCAAGCGUUUGCUUCUCACUAUGAAGCCUCUUCAGGGAUUCUAAUUCAUUGAGUGUUUUUCAUUUCAAUAAAAAUUCUAUAGUGAAUCUUAUACUUACAGUAAAAUUUAGUAUGAAACAAUAAAUUGAUCAGAUAAAACAGUAAAAUGGAGCAAAAUCAAGAGUA